GACAAGAGCCUCAAAACAGAUUUCAGCGGGGAGAGUUCACAUGCGAGACGAUGAACCUGGAUGAGGACAGCGGCCUGGUAGCCAGCUGCGGCAAUGGCAAACUGAGACAGUGGCUGAUUGAUCAGAUUGACAGCAGGAGAUAUCCCGGCCUGGUUUGGGAAAAUGAGGAGAAAAGCAUCUUUAGGAUUCCAUGGAAACAUGCAGGAAAACAAGACUAUAACAGAGAGGAGGAUGCUGCGCUCUUCAAGGCCUGGGCAUUGUUUAAGGGAAAAUAUAAGGAAGGAGUUGACAAGCCAGAUCCCCCCACAUGGAAAACAAGACUACGCUGUGCUCUUAAUAAAAGCAAUGACUUUGAUGAGUUAGUGGAAAGAAGCCAACUGGACAUCUCAGACCCCUAUAAAGUCUACAGAAUCAUUCCAGAAGGAGCCAAAAGAGGUAUGAAGAUGAGCAUGGAGGAGACACCGUCAAAUGUAAAUGCCCUUGGCUAUAUUCCUCCAUAUACAUCUCUGCACACCCAGGUGCCUGGCUAUAUGGUGUCUCAGGAGAGAAGGGACUGGAGGGAUUACUCAUCCCCCGAACAACAACCUCUUCCACCUCCACAUCACCACGGGCCACAUGCAGAGCUGCAGUACGGUCAGUGCCACUACCCGUCACCGUUUGGCCGGGCUUGGCCGGGGUCACACACAGAAAAUGGUUUCCAGCUCUCCUUCCACACCUAUCUUUCAGAAUCGCAACCGCCUGUGUACACAAUGGACAAUAACGCCAUGACAGAUUUCAGCCUGCAUGUGUCUCUAUACUACAGAGAGUCUUUGGUGAAGGAGGUUACCACCAGCAGCCCAGAGGGUUGUCGGAUCACCACCCCUUCCUCCUCCUCUCCGUCCUCCUCCCCGUGCCCAGAGGACAAAUUUCACAGUGGGGCAGAAAUCAUCCUUUUUCCAUUCCCGUACCCAGAGUCUCAGAGGCGGGGUGCUGAGAUGCUUCCUAAUGUACUGGAGAAGGGGGUGCUUCUCUGGAUGACCCCUGAUGGGUUAUACGCUAAACGCCUCUGCCAGGGGCGAGUGUACUGGGAAGGACCUCUGGCUCCAUUUUUGGAUAAACCCAACAAGCUGGAGAAGGAACAGCCAUGCAAACUGUUUGACACCCAGCAAUUUCUUAUUGAGCUUCAAGAUUUUGCCCAUAAUGGCCGACAUUUACCGAGAUACCAGGUGGUGCUGUGUUUUGGAGACGAGUACCCAGACCCACAGCGCCCCAGGAAGAUGAUCACUGCACAGGUUGAGCCUGUGUUUGCCAGAAAACUGGUGUACUAUUAUCAGCAGAACAAUGGCCACUACCUGCGGGCUUUUGAUCACAUCCAGGAACAGAGCACACCUCCAACAAUCGACUAUCCUUCCCAGAGACCUCUACAGCAUAUUCAGGAGUGAUAAGCAGAAGCAAAAGCGGGCGCGCAUGCACACACACACACAUACACACACGACCGAGGGCAUGAAUGUGAAUGUACACCACUGACCGUUUCUCACACCUUGUGACUGCAGAGCUGGGUACUGUAAAUGGUGGAACUGUCAUACCAAGGGGUAGAGAUGGGGAAGACCCUGUCAUUUUCACUUGCACACCUUUGCGCUGUCGUCUUUGUGUCUGUGACUGUGGAGUAUUUUUUUUUUUUUUUCUCUUUCUCUCUCUCUCUCUCUACAUGUAUUAUUGUGACAGUGUGAAGGAUGCGGUUUGGGGGUGGGGGGGAUGAGGGGAGCAGAGGGCGACUGAGACAGGAAGUACUAGCACAGGUGCACAGGAAGAAUGGCCCCUAAGACAAACACUGAUACACCAAAGGGACAAAACAGACUGAAUGAAUACUUAUUGCUUUUUCACAGGUAACAGUUUACAAUGAGAUCACUGCACUCACAUGGUGAAGUGGCACGAUCAUAAACUUUGCCUUUAAAACCAGUUUACACAGGUCCAAAAACAUAGAAUACUUCAUAUAUCAGUGUGUAGUCCAUUGUAGACCUAAAUUCUGGCUUACACUGCCAAAAACUACUAUUACAACUGGAGUUUGAGAGAAAUUGAUGUUAUCAGUGCUCUGAUGGUGGAAUAGAGGAAGCUGUUAUCACAAAUUGUUUAUCUCUCGGCUGCUACAUAUGUUGCAGGACGCACUUAUGAAAAUCUAUUUCUACUUAAUCUGGUCAGCUUUUAAAAAUAUCAGAUUCCCUUAAAUUUCGACACACUGAACAAAACACCUACAAGGGCUCACAAGACAAUCUAAGACGUCAUCAGAUAGCUACAAACAUGCUUUGUCUUGCAAAAUAUUGUAUAAUGUUACUUCUUCAGGUCUCAAAACAUACCUAAUUUGAAAAAUUACUAACAACUUACAGACAUGUUACUGAAGUGGACAUGGCUUCAUAACACAGGCACACAUUUUAGGAAGGAUGCAGGGGACACAAUCAGACAGAAUCACUGAGACGUCACCGAUCACUUUCGGAUUGUGGGGAUAUGUAAAAUCUGCAAACUUGUAUAUUUCUGUUGUCAUUUUCAGCCGUAACUGUAAUGUUGAAAGAUGUAGAGUUAAACAUGGUGGUCAGAUGUAUAUCACUUUUCUGCAGAGCUUAAUUUAUACAGUGCUGCUUUGCUAGCAUGUUUGAUGACCUAAAUCUACUGUCACGGAAGCUGCAAUGCACUGCUGUCGACGAGGGCCGCAGCAAAACACAUUUUAGCCACUUUAAAGGACCCACCUAAAAAUUCUCAAUAUUAGUUUAAAUGUAGUCAUAUUUGAAUAUUUUCUCCACCUUACCUAACUCAAUAACCAAUCAAGGCAAGUGGUAGAUUGUAAUUUUUCACUCAAAAUAAUACCGAGACAAAUCCAUCUCCAUACAAUGCUCUUGCUUCGUAAUGAAUUCUCACAAGCUAAAAAAGAUUAGGGACCACUCGCUUGCAUCACAUUAUUGUAGAUCAGCUUGGACCGAAAAGUCUCUGUCACCACAAAGAGUGGGCGGCCUUGACCGGACUGGACUGAAGGAGGUUGACUGGAAAAAUCACACUCAUUCCGUAACUCGGGAGGAAACCAUACCUGUUCCUCUUGACCUGAAACUUUAGGCCUCGCAAAUGGGAAGGAAAACUACCUUUGUGUUCGGUGUGUAAGUUCAACCAGGGAGGAGCUCCCUGGUUCCCAUGCCACAGACACCCUGAGUUCCCCACUGUUGAGGUUCACACACUGGAUGUAACGUCCACACAAAAGCUAUCCUAAGAGCCUGACAACCCAGUUAGGAAUGUAUCAUAAAACAUAAAAAUCUGACAGUGGGAGUAACGCAAUUCCUGAUGAAGUCCCAAAGGCUGAUGCAGAGGGGAUACAGGUUUUGGUAUGUUUUUCUUCUGUGGUCCAGAGUUUCGAUCUCUGCAUUUACUUCCUUCACACUUAAACCACAUCACUUUCACAAUGGCUUCAAAAGUCUGACCAAAAUCACAGGCGGGAAUGUUUUUCUGUGUGUGCGUGCGUGUGUGUGUGUGUGUGUGUGUGUGCAUGAGAACCAUAAAUUUUCCCCCUCAAAUUUAGUUUCACAUUACUUCACAGUCAGACAUUUGACUCAUUAAAAAUCAAAUCAGAAGAGUGAAAACGUUACCAGCUUAACAUUCAUGUGCUGUUGUGGUAAACAUUGUGUUUGCAUGUGUGUGUGUGUGUGUGUGUGUGUGGUAAAGGGCCAUGUGUGUGCAUGUGUGUAGGCGGUUCAUGUGUGUUUCACACUAUUACUGUUAUCAGGAAUUGACAUUUAUGGACUCAGGAUAAACAUAAACAUGUGACUCCCCCACCUACAACAUCAGUGAGUCAAAAGCAGACAGGCACACCAAUUUCACGUCACACUUUACAGUUACAGUAAAACAUUCAGAACGAGCUUCACAGGAAAUCGCAAAAUACGUGCUUACCGGAGGAAAAUUAUGUCAGCAUUUUGUACAAAUAUUUGAAUAAUGACAAGGACUAGAGAUUGUAAGGAGACUGAUUAAUGUAAAAUUGCCAUGAUUUAUUUUGAAAUAAAUAUAUCAAUCUUCUCUCA